AUGACAAGAACAUUUGCACCACUUGCACCAGCAGGCCCCGUUGACGACUUGAAGACCGUUGUAGAGUCGCGCGCCCGCGAGUGGCAUUUUCACAUCUACUUUUUGCUACAGUCACCAACCGAGACCGCUCUAGCACUAGCCCUUCGCAACGCUGUGCUGAAGUUGCGCCGAGAUGGUGCAUUUGUGGCUGUCCCGCUAGUUCGAGUCAACGAGCACCCGGUCGGGCCACACCCUGCUGGUUCUUAUGAGAUCUGGGUCCCCGACUCAUCGUUUUCCGACGUCUUCUUUUACUUGGCGGCAAAUCGUGGAACUCUAAGUGUUCUUGUCCAUCCCUUGACUUCCAGCCAGCGUGCUGACCACGAGAGCCGCAACGCGUGGAUGGGCACACCAUGGCCUAUUUACCUAGACGAUUUGCCGCUAAGCGGCAGGACACCCCGCCAAUAUCCCGAAUUGGGAUUAGGCUGGUCCUCAUCACCAUCGGAUGAGGUGUCAUUGGCAAAGCGUCGGCAAGAUGGCCUAAAGGUUGAAGAUUUGCUAGCCAAUGACCCCGAGGCUGCGCCAGCACCUGAGUAA